CCUAAAACAGCUGUUCGGCCGGCUUAAUGUUUAUAAUUUCACGUUUUAAAUCACGUUUUCUGCGCAAAAUGUCCUGCUUCUCGCAAGUAAUCAACCCCAUCACCGGCGAGAAUACAUGGCAGGAGCGGGAGGACGACUACGACUACCACCAGGAGGUGGCCAACGCCGGAUUCGGCGACAUGCUGCACGACUGGGAGCGCAAUCAGAAGUACUUUGCGGCGCUGAGGAAGACCAUCGGGGAAAUGCGGUCCGCCGGCAGGGAAGUGCACGUCCUGGACAUUGGCACCGGGACGGGCAUCCUCUCCAUGAUGGCCCUGGAGGCGGGGGCGGACACAGUGACCGCCUGCGAGGCCUUCCUGCCGAUGGCCAAUUGUGCGGCCAAGAUUCUGGAGGCGAACGGUGCCGGCGACAAGGUGCGGCUCAUCCGGAAGCGUUCCACGGAGAUCCUCAUAGGUGAGGAUAUGCCGCGCAAGGCCAAUCUGCUGGUGGCGGAGUUGCUGGACACGGAGCUGAUUGGCGAGGGAGCUAUUAGCAUCUAUAACCAUGCACACGACGAGCUGCUCACCGAGGACGCCCUCUGCAUUCCCGCCCGCGCCCGUUGCUAUGCCCAGGUCGCCCAGACCCCGCUGGCGGCACAGUGGAACAGCCUGAAGACGCUGCCCAACUUGGACGGGGAGGCGCUGCUGCGUCCGCCGGAGCAGCUGAAGGCCUGCCAGGGGGAGGCGGCCCUGCACGAUGUCCAGUUGUCGCAGCUGCCGCCGUCCAGCUUCCGCCCGCUCACCGAUCCCGUGGAGAUCUUCCAGUUUGACUUUCAGCGCAAGGCGCCCCGCGAGAAGCAGCGGGAACAGCUGCUGCGGCUGCAAUCCAAGCAGCCGGGAGCCGCCGAGGUGGUCUUCUACUGGUGGGACAUCCAUCUGGACGACGGCGGCGAUAUCCUACUCAGCUGCGCUCCCUACUGGGCGCACCCGGAUAUCAAGGAGCUGGCCUCCAAGGGGAAAGAUCUGCCGCUGGCCAACGUGGUGCCCUGGCGGGAUCACUGGAUGCAGGCCAUCUACUACAUACCCAAGCCGCUGCAGCUGCUCGAGGCAGGCCAGGCCUUUCACCUGAGCUGCCACCAUGACGAGUACUCGCUGUGGUUCGACGCCCGCGCAGAGAAGCCCGCCAAGGCGGUGCGGCGGCACACGUGCUCCUGUGACCUGCACAUGACCUACUCGCGCAGCCGGAUCGGCCAGAUGAAUCAGUCGCCGCGCAACAAGCGCUACCUGCGCUACCUGGAAGAAAGCCUAGAGGCGGGCCAGUCCCGUGUGCUGGUCCUCGGCAACGGCUGCCUGCUGGGUCUGGCGAGCUCUGCCCUGGGAGCGGCCUCUGUGAAGCUCCACGAACCGCAUCGCUUCUCGCGCCGCCUGCUGGAGUCCAUCGUAAAGCACAACGAGCUCAAGAAUGUGCAGUUUGUGGACAAGCUGGAGGAGGUGGAGGCCUCCCAGUUGGCCAGUCUGACGCAUAUCUUUGCGGAGCCUUACUUCCUGAAUGCCAUCCUACCGUGGGACAACUUUUACUUUGGUUCUUUGCUGCUGAAAAUCAAGGAUAAGCUGUCGAGUGGAGUAAAGAUUUCGCCCUGCUCGGCAAGGAUCUAUGCCUUGCCCGUGGAGUUUCUGGAUCUGCACAAGAUACGAGCACCCAUAGGCAGCUGCGAGGGCUUUGAUCUGCGUUUGUUCGACGAAAUGGUAGAGAGAUCCGCCGAGCAGGCCGUGUCCCUUGUCGAGGCCCAGCCCUUGUGGGAGUAUCCCUGCCGUGCCCUGGCCCCGCCCCAGCAAGUGCUCAGCGUGGACUUUAGCAAGUUCAGUGAGGAGAUGCACCUCAAAGGCAGCAUAGAGCUGAAGCAUCCCGGCAGCUGCAAUGGCGUGGCCUUGUGGGUGGACUGGCAGCUAACAGACGAUGGCAGUCCCAGAUCCAUAGUAAGCUCUGGCCCCAGUGAACCUGUCACGCCUGGCGAGUUUGUCCAGUGGGACAUGUUCGUGCGCCAAGGAGUACACUUUCCCAGGACCACAAAAGAGGCCAUAAGCAGCUUAGACUGGAGCACGGACUUCAGGCCCCUUCUGGGCGAGCUAAACUUUAGUUUUAAACCAAAAAAGCCUUAGGAAUCCUUCCGAAUUUAUUCACAAAAAUUUUGGACAAUUGAAAACGCAGAAUGCAAGUCAGGGAACACAUCGAAUACGAGUGAUAAAAACCA